AUGGCGGCAACCCUCGGCCAAAUCUACGGCACGGCUCCUACUCACGUCGCCACUGACAACUUUGCCGAGCGGCUCGACCGCAUCUCGCAGACCGUGACUAGUCGUCGCAACAAGGGCAAGCUACCCGACGACAGCACGCGAGCCUGCCGAACUCUUGUCAUCCGGGGCUACAAUACCGGAGAGGAGUACUGCGCAUUUAUCAAUACCUUGCGCGAUCCUCGAAUUGGCGAGAGGGCAGCGGCCAGCCGGAAGUGGAAGCCCGACGCCCAUUGGAAGCUGCAUCUGUCCCCUUCUUAUUGGCUCCUCAAGGCGCUGCGAUUCCCCAAGGGCAUUGCGGUCGAUGAGGCGGGUAACAUUAACCGCCCCGACCUAUACCGUGUAUGGGGCAACACUCUGCUGCCUUGUCUCAUGGGCGGUGACGAUCUGCAGCUGCCUCCGACCGUCAUGACGGUCGAUGAAAAGGACGAGGAGGGCCAUCACCGCAAUCGCCUGGCCCAAGAUGGCAAGAUCUCGGCCCUAGAGUUCUUCAGAGCUUCCGGAUGGCCCAUAUUCCGCCUCCGGACCCAG